UUCAUAAAGCCCGCUGCUGUUGGCACUGUCAGAUCUUAAUCACAGCUUUUACCUGUUGUUUUAAAUCGUGUUUUUAAUUAGUCAUUUUCUUUGAUUAAACUCGAACUUGAAAUGCCUACCAGGACCUCAUUGUCUUUGCCGGAGGAUGUCAAGGAACGGCUUCAGGUGCUGGAUGAAGGUGGAGACAGUUUGUCAGAUGAGGAGUGUGUAAAGGAAAAGCUCAGGUUACUGCAGGAGUUCCUACUUGCUGAUACUCAGGACCAGCUCAAAAUCCUUGAGGACAAGUUAAAGAGCUCCGAGCUUUCCACUGAGGUUUACACGUCAGAGGUGAAGGCCGUGCUGAAGAAAGCUCUGGGAGUUGUCAAGGAGGAUGAAGGAGUGGAGCAGAACGGACAUUCAAAUAGCUUCUCUGAAAAUGGGUCUCACAAAGACGAUGGUGAGCAGGAGGGAGCCAUGGAUACUCGGGAGGAAGGAGAUGCUAUGAAGUCUCCCAGCGCCCCGAAGGGAAGGGGAGGCCGUCGCAGUAAAGCAGAUUCUGAGCCCAAGAAAUCUCCAGCCAGUACCAGGGUUACGCGUAACUCUGGAAAACAGCCAACUAUCCUUUCCAUGUUCUCUAGAGUCCCAAAACGCAAGUCUGAUGAGCUGAAUGGAGAUGUCACAAAUGGUGAUGCAGAAGUGAAGCCUGAGGAAGAUAUUACAGAGGAGGUCCAUGAAGAGAAACGUCUUAAAACAGAAGCUGUGGAUCCUGAUACUGAGAACACUACUAAUGGCACGAACAAGCCUGUAUCUGCAGCCAAGACCCCUCCACCAAAAUGUCCUGACUGCAGGCAGUAUCUGGAUGAUUCAGACCUCAAGUUCUUCCAGGGAGAUCCUGAUGAUGCUUUGGAUGAACCAGAGAUGUUGACUGAUGAGCGUCUAUCCAUCUUUGAUGCAAAUGAGGAUGGUUUUGAAAGCUAUGAAGAUCUGCCCCAGCACAAGAUAACUAACUUCAGUGUGUAUGACAAGCGUGGGCACCUGUGUCCAUUUGACUCUGGCCUCAUUGAGAAAAAUGUGGAAUUGUACUUUAGUUGUGCUGUUAAGCCCAUCUACGAUGACAACCCAUGCAUGGAUGGUGGGGUUCCUGCCAAGAAGCUUGGUCCUAUCAAUGCUUGGUGGAUUACUGGUUUUGAUGGUGGGGAGAAAGCUUUAAUUGGCUUCACCACAGCCUUUGCUGACUACAUUCUAAUGGACCCCAGUGAGGAGUACUCUCCCAUUUUUGCCCUGAUGCAGGAGAAGAUCUACAUGAGCAAGAUUGUAGUUGAAUUUCUCCAGAAGAACCAGGAUGCUACAUAUGAGGAUCUACUGAACAAAAUUGAGACUACUGUUCCACCUGCUGGUCUCAACUUCAACCGUUUCACUGAGGACACACUGCUGCGUCAUGCUCAGUUUGUGGUGGAGCAGAUGGAAAGCUAUGAUGAGGCUGGAGACUCUGAUGAACAGCCUAUCAUCAUCACUCCCUGUAUGAGAGACUUGAUCAAGCUGGCUGGUGUUACUUUGGGCAAGAGGCUGCAAAGCAACAAAAUGGGAUUAUUUAAAAGGCAAGCCAUCCGUCAUCCCACCAAGAUUGAGAAGGACAGCAAGGGCCCGACUAAAGCCACCACCACUAAACUGGUCUAUCAAAUCUUUGACACCUUUUUCUCCGAUCAGAUUGACCAGAACAACAAAGAUGGAGGUGGAGUGAAGAGACACCGGUGUGGUGUCUGUGAGGUGUGUCAGGCACCAGAUUGUGGCAAGUGCUCAGCCUGUAAGGAUAUGAUCAAGUUUGGAGGCAGUGGCAGAAGUAAACAGGCCUGUCAGAAGAGGAGAUGUCCCAACCUGGCAGUGAAAGAAGCUGAGGAUGAUGAGAAUAUGGAUGAGGAGGAAGUGUUGCCACUUAAGGAGACAAAGAAAAUAUCUCAGGCAAAAAAGAAAAAACAGACUAAGAAUAAGAUCAGCUGGGUGGGCGAGCCCAUCAAGACUGAUGGCAGGAAGGCGUACUACAUGAAAGUGCGUGUGGAGAAUGAGGUGGUGGAGGUUGGAGAUUGUGUGUCUGUCAGCCCUGCUGACCCAUCACAUCCCCUCUACUUGGCCAGGAUUAUGGCAUUGUGGGAGGAUGGAGAGAAGAUGUUUCAUGCGCACUGGUUUUGCCGUGGCACUGAUACUGUUCUUGGAGAGUCAUCAGACCCUCUUGAGCUCUUUCUUGUAGAUGAGUGUGAAGAUAUGCAGCUGAGUUUUGUCCAUGGCAAGGUCAACGUCCUCUACAAGGCUCCAACUGAAAACUGGUUCAUGGAGGGUGGGAUGGAUGAUGACAUUAAAGUGAUCGAAGGUGAUGGUGAAAGCUUCUUUUAUCAGCUCUUGUAUGAUGGUGAAUGCGCCCGCUUUGAGUCACCACCUAAGGUCACACCGUCAGAGGACCGCAAGUAUAAGUUCUGUGCCAGCUGCGUAAGGAAUAGGGAACGAGAGGCUCAGGAAUUGCCUAAUGUCUAUGAACCCCUGGAGGAUGAGGAGAGCGACUCUAAAGUCUUUUAUGGUUUGGCGACCCUAAAGGGCGAGCAGCACAGAGUAGGGGACAGUGUCUAUCUUCCCCCAGAGGCCUUCAAUUUUGCGGAAAAGCUUGCAAGCCCUGUUAAGCGUUCUCACAGGAAAGAUGAUGUUGAUGAAGAUCUUUACCCAGAAUACUACAGGAAGUCCUCUGAUUACAUCAAGGGCUCAAACCUAGAUGCUCCGAAGCCCUUCCGUAUUGGGCGCAUCAAAGAAAUCUUCUGCAACAAGCGCAGUGAUGGAAAGCCAGAUAGAAUGGAUCCCAAACUGCGGCUCUACAAAUUUUACAGGCCUGAAAACACUCAUAAAGGACCAAAGGGUGCCUACCAUUCUGACAUAAACCAGCUUUACUGGAGUGAUGAAGAGGUGACCGUGAACAUGGCGGAGGUGCUAGGCCGCUGUCAAGUGGAGUAUGCAGAGGACCUGGUGGAAAGUGUGCAGGACUAUUCAAGCAGAGGACCUGAUCGCUUUUAUUUCCUAGAGGCAUACAAUGCCAAGACUAAGAGCUUUGAGGAUCCUCCAAAUCAUGCACGAUCAGCAGUGCAUAAGGGCAAAGGGAAAGGAAAGGGGAAAGGUAACUCUUUGAUUUAUAACUUUGAGGUAUCAUGGAAACUUGUUCAGAAUGAGUUUCUUCUUGCUGUGCUCUGUUCAGCACCCCUGUUGUGUUGGAUUUUAUACAUUUCCCAAACAACAGGUAUUUCUGAGACCAAUUGGGCCAUAGAGAUGUGGGAUCCUGCUGCUCAGGCAUUCAGGUUGAACAAUCCAGGCACCACGGUCUUCACAGAGGACUGUAAUGUCCUGUUGAAGCUGGUGAUGUCCGGAGAGAAGACCAACUCUCUUGGACAGAAGUUGCCGCAGAAGGGUGACGUGGAGAUGCUCUGCGGUGGACCGCCCUGCCAAGGCUUCAGUGGAAUGAACCGCUUCAACUCGCGUACAUACUCUACGUUCAAGAACUCUCUGGUUGUCUCGUAUCUGAGCUACUGUGACUACUACAGACCCAAGUUCUUCCUUCUGGAGAACGUGAGGAACUUUGUGUCAUUCAAGCGCUCCAUGGUCUUGAAGCUCACGCUGCGCUGUCUUGUUUGCAUGGGCUACCAGUGCACCUUUGGUGUGCUACAGGCAGGGCAGUAUGGGGUGGCCCAGACCAGGCGCAGGGCGAUCAUCCUGGCUGCAGCCCCGGGUGAAAAGCUGCCCCGCUUCCCUGAACCCCUACAUGUGUUCGCCCCACGGGCGUGUUCUCUUAGUGUGGUGGUUGAUGAAAAGAGAUAUGUUAGCAAUGUCACUCGUGGAAAUGGAGGCAUUUAUCGCACAAUCACAGUGCGGGACACAAUGUCUGACCUUCCAGAGAUCCGUAACGGAGCCGCAUAUCUGGAAAUCUCCUAUAACGGUGAGCCGCAGUCCUGGUUCCAAAGGCACAUUCGUGGCUCUCAGUACCAGCCCAUCCUCAGGGACCACAUCUGUAAGGACAUGAGCGCCCUGGUGGCGGCCCGUAUGCGUCACAUUCCUUUGGCUCCUGGUUCUGACUGGAGGGAUCUGACCAAUAUUGAGGUGCGGUUGCGGGAUGGCACCACCUCAAAAAAGCUUCGCUACACUCACUCCGACAAAAAGAAUGGCCGCAGUGGCACCGGUGCACUGAGAGGAGUGUGUUCCUGUGCUGAGGGAAAACCGUGUGACCCUGCAGACAGGCAGUUCAACACGCUGAUUCCCUGGUGUCUGCCUCACACGGGUAAUCGCCACAAUCACUGGGCUGGUCUGUACGGCCGUCUGGAAUGGGACGGGUUCUUCAGCACUACAGUUACCAAUCCUGAGCCCAUGGGCAAGCAGGGACGUGUCCUCCAUCCUGAGCAGCACCGUGUUGUGAGUGUUAGGGAAUGUGCGCGCUCCCAGGGCUUCCCAGACACUUACCGCUUUUUUGGCAAUAUCUUAGACAAACACCGACAGGUUGGUAAUGCUGUGCCUCCACCCCUCUCCAAAGCCAUCGGCCUGGAAGUUAAGAAGUGUGUGCAGGAGAAGAUGAGGGAGAAUGCUACAGACUGA